AUGAUGUUUAAUGGAAAUUUGAUAUCUUCUCCACAAAAGAAGAGUCCUGCGAAAACAACAUUUUCACCGAGUCCAUCACCGCCACCACUGCAGGUUUCCAACUUGACCAACGAUGUCGAAGAAAAGAAGAAAACUAAACUGUCACAGUCUGCAGCACUAGAAUUAACCGUGCGAAAGUGGGUGUCCGACGUUCUAAAACAGAAUUACAACGAUCUAUCGGUGUCGUUCUCCACGCUCUUCAAGAGUGGUGUGUUACUCUGCCGAUUGGUAAACACCAUAAAGCCGGGUGCCAUCAAGAAAAUCAACGAAUCGACGGUUUCAUUCAAACAGCUAGAGAAUAUCGAGAACUUCCUAAAGGCAUGCACAGCAAUCGGAAUGUUGGACGUUCACCUCUUCAACUCUAUCGAUCUCUUUGAAGAUAAAGAUAUAUCGUUGGUAAUAACAACACUAGCUGUACUCGGUAAAUUCGCUGCCAAAGUAGAAGGAUAUACCGGUCCACAUUUAGCUGGUGAGAAAAAGACUGUAAAAAUAACAACAACACCAUCUCCACCAUUAUUUUUAAAUGGAAGGGAAAUGAGUGGUGGUGGUGGUUCAACUGGUUCGAAUUUAAGUGGAAAUAGAAGUAGUAGUAGUAGUCAAUAUAAUAAUAAUAAUAAUAAUAGUUUAGAUGUAAAUAAGUCGAAUAAUGCAAAUGCAAAGAAAACAAAAUGGAGAAAAUCAGUUAAACCACCAUCUGUAACUCCACUGAAUCUUGAUAUUAGCACCAAAGAGGCAUUCAAAUACUCACCAGAGUUGGAACAAUCUGCGAGAGAAUGGAUUGAACAAUUGACUGAUGAGAAAUUUCCAUAUCCAUCAUUUAGAACAUCUUUAAAAGAUGGUGUACUAUUAUGCAAAUUGAUAAGGGAGAACUUUGAUAGAGAUCACUUUUUCAAGAGUGUACCAUUGGACACCAGAAGACAAAAGGUUAUCGAGGAGAUUGUAUCUACUGAGCAGGCAUAUGUAAAGUCAUUGUCUGUUGUUUUCCAUACUCUCAUUGUACAAUUACAGAUUCUUAGUGAUGCAGACUCAUCGGAUCAACAUCCACCAAUUUCAUCGGAUGACAUUUUCUCUGUGUUUGGCAACUGGGAUAAGAUACUUCGUGCACACAUCAUACUACAACGAGAAUUUGAAGAUCGGCUAUCGAAAUGGAGUGACGAUUCUACAUUUGGUGAUAUAUUUUUACAAAAAUGUGGAUUUUUAAAAGAUACAUAUACAGAUUAUAUAAAUAACUAUGAUAACUCGUAUCAGAGAAUCAAGAGGUUUAGAAAAGCAAAUAAAUCAUUCGAUGAGUCGGUAAACAACUUCGAGGUCAUACAGGAUUCUACAAAUGGAUUGGAUUUAGCAAGCUAUUUGAUUAUGCCAAUUCAACGUAUACCUAGAUAUCUACUGUUACUCAAAGAGGUAUUGAAAUAUACACCCAAUACACAUCCAGACUAUGAGAUGUUACUAAAGGCAAAGGAGACCAUUCGUCAGGUAGCCGAUCAUGUCAAUGAAAGUAAGAUGAUGUUUGACAACACCAGAAAGAUACAAUCAAUCCAAGAAUCUAUAUCUGAUAUUACAUUUAAUCUCAAUGAGGUAUCAGAUAGAAGAUAUAUAAGAGAAGGAUUCUUAGAGAUUGAUGAGUCUUUCAACAAGAAUGCAUAUUUCUUUUUAUUCAACGAUAUCUUGUUAUAUGUAAAAUAUAAACCAUCUGAAGAUACUGGUAAAGAAUUUAAGUAUAAAGAGGUAUUUUCUAUGUCAGAUGUGAUUGAUAUCAAUGAUAUUUUAUCGGAUGACGAAGAUUCUGAUGACGAUGAUGAUGAUAGAGAGGAACAAGAGAAACAACAUACAUUUAGAGGUGGUAGACAACAACAACAGAAACAAAAGAAACCAUCAUUCGAAAUUGAAACACAAGACUUUGCGCUGAUUUUGAUUGCCGAGUCAGAGUUGGAGAAGCGAGCAUGGAUGGAGGAUAUCAGAUCUUGUAUUCAAAGCAAUUUGAUCAAUGACGAAGAUCAGCUGAGUGAUCUAUCACUCGAUGCCUCUGACGAUGAAUACGAUCCAAUCGAUCAUGAAGAUUAUGAAACUGAUGCAGAAGACGAAAGAAUAAUUAAUAGUAUAGAGGAGAUUGUUGAUUCCGAAACUAACAGUAAUAAUAAUAAUAAUAAUAAUAAUAAUAAUAAUAAUAAUAAUAAUAAUAAUAAUAAUAAUAAUAAUAAUAAUAAUAAUAAUAAUAAUAUUAAUAAUGACAAUAACAAUAAUAACAAUGAUAAACAACAAAAUAUACAAGAAGUUGAGCAAGCUGUAUCUUCAUCAUCAGACUCAGAUUUGGAACUUGGUAAAUUCAAGUCAUCAACACCUGGCGAAGUUCAUUACAUAAUAAAACAUUGA